AUGGCGGCGUUUCAGAGGUUCAAGCUGCUGGCGACGCAGUGCGCCACGGCGGCGGGAAGCCCGUCGAGGAGCCCGCUCCCAACUUCCAGCGCGAAGAGCCCCUCCUUCCAUCUCCGCCGGCGAAAGACGACUCUCCGCCGCCUCCUCAGCCGCUCGUCUUCUUCUUCCUCCUCAACGCGUCGCCUGCUGCGGCGGAGAGAGGAGGCGGGGGACGGCGGAGCGCAACCCGGGGAUGGCGAACGGAAGGGGCUUCUGAGCCACCACACCUCUCUCAAGGACCUCUUCGUCUCCUCCUCCCCAUCGCCGCCGGAUCCGGGAGCGCUCCGGCUCGGCGCCGGCGACUGCGGCCGCCAGUCGCCGCCGCCGGCGCGAUCUGCCGUUCGGAGGUCCGUCCUCGAGGGAAUCGGCGGCGGCGGCGGCAGGUUCAGAUCCACGGCAGCACUCCGGUUCCGGCUGCUGCGCAGGGCUUGGCGCCCCGCCCUCCUCACCAUCCCCGAGUAA